AUCUAAGCUUUUAUUAUCAAAAGGCAAAUGAUUUUUAAGACAGAAAGAUGACCAAAAGUAGACACAAAUAUGAAUCAAAUAUAUAGGAAAUGGAAGGCAUCCAAGGAAAGAAGUUAAAAAAAAAGGGGUUCUGUAUUAUCUAAUCAUAUAACAUUGUGACUUUGGUGGGAAAGGGCAUCUGCACAUGGGGGCAGAUUCUCCCUUAUAUAUACUCCCAACAUCAGAAGAACUCAAUACCCUCCUAAAAUAUGCUUCCAUUUAUCGAAUCUAUGUGACUUUUUUAGGCUUAUGUUCUGUUAUUCACAUUAUUUUUAAGGCUUUCAGCCACAUUUGAGAAUUAAAGAGAUUCUCUCACUGUCUUCCAAUUCAAAAUGGUUUCUGUUUAAUUAAUGUGUUCUUCUGCUAAAGAAUGGUUUUGGUUUUGUUGUGUUGGGAAAGGGAACAAAGACAGACAAGGGUUUUCUAUAUACUUCCAUGCUUGGAUAACGCAACUUCUCAUGGGAUGAUGAGAAUAAGAUUCUUCCUGUCAGCCAAUGGGGCCUAAGAAGAGGAACAAUUUUUUUUUAGUUAUUUUCCCUAAAGUUAACUCUCCCACCUCAGGUUUCCCAUCUAAGAUCCAUAAAAAAGGAAAAAUAAAGUCACUGCAGCAACGCAAUUUGAGCAUUAUAAAUUGCAGAAAAUGGAUUGGGUGGUUAGAUAUGAUAAAAGAAACUUGCUUCAUCAGAUUAUCACAAGCGUGCAAUCUCCUGAAAGACCUUCAUCUUUUAUUUCCCUCAGUAGGACAUAUAUAAUGCAUGUUGGGUCAAUGACAGCUAACAUGUACCACAUGUAAUGUACAGACAGAGGACAGCAUUGAGAUGAUUUUCCAACUCAAAUCCAUACUAUUGAAAUGAAAACACAUCACCUCCCAACUAACAUUUUUGGGAGGGAAAAUAUUUGUUGGUUUGAGUUGUUUUUUUACUACAUUUAGACAAAUGCUAUAUUGCUGCAUUUGAUCAUAGGGUAUUUCAUCAGCUAAUCAGUACUUAUUGAUCAUGUUAGGCUUCAAUAUUUUAACCCCUAAGAAGUGCAUUUGAUUCAUACCAAAUAUGUUUUCAUGACUAAGCUUUAGAAUUAGUAUGAUAUGGAUAAGAAUCACUCAAUUAAAAAGUUCCAAGUUUUUAAGAAAAGCUCAACAAGUAGUUAUUGUUUGAGUGAUAUAGGCAUGAUUAAUAUUCUUUUCUUCUCUGUCAUAGUGCUACAGAACUGCCGACCAAAGUUUCUUGUAGCAGUGGUUUAAGAAUCAUAAUCUGAUCACGUUUUUCCUGCUAAAGACGCAAAGAGAGAGAUGGGGUUGGCUUGCGUCGCAGAUUGCUGACUUAAAACGGCUCCAUUUUUGUGGGCUAGUUGUUGUGGUAGGCCAUUAAUAUACGAGUUCAAGCUUUCCUUUUGUAACUUCCAAUUGAACCAACAAGCUUUACAUUACAUGUUGCAGGGGAGGGGGGGUUCUACCAACUAAAAUCUACUUACAUCCUAAAAAAGAUAGAAAACAAUUAUGCAAGCAAUCAAUAAACUUGCUUGUAAAAUUACAAGCAAAACCUGGAGCUAGAGUGGCUGAAUAGCAAAACCUGGUCGAGAUCUUUAGCAUUAAUUUCUUGGGCAUUAUAUAGAAUAAAAAAACUUCCUCAUUCCUAAAGAAUUAAAUGUUACCGAAUCCAAAUUCAAAAUCCAUUUCCCAUUUUAUUUGAUUGAUUCAGUAGCCAAGAUGUGAAAAAUCCUGUCAAUAGCCUCAUAAUAUCUCUGUAAGCCAAAGGCAUUGGAACUUAUCUCCUCUUUUCCUUUUGAAAGUUAAAGAAUGGAUGGAGGACUGAGGAGGCCAUAUUCUACAUCAGUAGUUAUAUUAGAACUUUGAUACACCAUAUCCAUUGGCCCUGGACCGUAGCUUGGUAUUCUAUUCCUCAGGACUGAAAUUGCCCAAUCCGGAAGAGAUGUUCUUAGCAUUGCCUUCGAAGGUUGGAAGUGAUCUGAUAUUCUUUAUAGUUAAUUCCUCAGAAUCUCCAUCAAAGGCCAUAUGCUCUUUCAAGUGCUAGCUCCACAAACAAAUAUGCCUAUGCCAGGGGAAAAGUGGGUUCCAUUAAUCUAGGCAAUUGUUUUAAAAAAAAUACAUCAUCCCUACUCUUUUUUAGGUGCCUACCUUGAUUACUUGAUCAGUACGAGGCGCCUGUUUCCUUCGAAACGUUAAUCAAUGAUCAUUUUCACAAUUCGCAUUGCAUGCUUAAGGUACUACUAUCAUACAUAUGCAAAACUAGUGGAAGAGCAGAGUUAGACCAAGUCUUUUUUUUUUUUUUUUUCUUUUGGGUAUAAACUUUUUCAGCCUUCAAACGCCAACUCUAAUAUUAUCGGACUCAUACCAACUAAUUUUAAGGUUAAUCCAUGAAUUAGAGCAAAUUUUAGAUUCAAAUCUAAAGUACCUUUUUCCUUAAUAGAAAAACAUUUACGUUAAAUCUACUCUUGAUUUAUUAUCGCUCUUUAAAGUACGAUUGCUAAUUGCAAAUUUAAUCAAUAAUUCAGUAACUAUUUUCUGCUUUUAGCUUUAUCCUUUAUAAGAGGCAGUUAGCUGAUCUAGCCUGCUGUAAAAUCUCUAACUAGAAAAAGAAAGAAAAUGGAAGGUUGUGAUCAAUAACAUAAUUAACUGCUAAAAGGCAAAUGUGAAAUUCAAUCCCUUGAGUCUCUUGUGGUUAUCUAGCUAAUCCCACAAUUCUCGUUGGAUCUCUCGUUUUGUUUCUCCAGUUUUUUCUUUCCAUGCAAGAAGGCUACGGUUGGAGCAGUCUCUUCCCUAUUAUCAGCUGAAUUAGAUUACACCCUUGGGUUCCUUUUGCAUGUCUUUCCUCGUUAAUGGGUUGUGGUAUUUCAAAGUUUGACAUUCAAGAAGAGGGAGAAGCCUCGCCAUACCCUCAAGUAAGCCUUGUUCACCGAAGGAAUGAUCGUGCGGUUGUCGAUAGCAGCCUCUUAUCCAAGCCGUUGCCUGAAGGUGGCAGAGGAGAAGAGCAUGCAAAGGGUGUUAUUCAACAUAUGAAAAUCAAGGAGGUGAAGUCUGAGGAAAAAGGAGGGAUUCAAAGGGAAAGGGUUGAAAAGGAGGAGGCCUGUGAUAAGGAAGAUAGUAACGAGGAUGAAGACGACAGAGAUGAUAGCAAUUCCUACCUUCGAUCGCCAAGUUUCAGGGUAUAUUGCAUUCUACCUCUGUCUGACGAUGAAAACAGCGAAGGUGAUAGUAAUCCAGGGAAAAGAAGGGACAAACAACAGGGACAGGUUAAAGAUGACAAGGGAUCAAGUGCUCGAUGGGGGAAGAGAGGUAGGAUAGGAAAAGGAAUUAAGACUGGUUCAGCAAGAGUAAAAAGUAUUUUAAGAGUCUAAUUCUACAAUCUAUAUACCUGUCCUUAUGUCAGCAUCAAAAAGCUUAUUUGGAUGGCUUUCCUGGUGAUGCUAGAAGAAUAUUGGAGGCUUUUUGUCCUGUAUUCUGAGUUCGAGAGCUUCAUCUGCCUGUUUUUUCAUAUAUAGAGAUGUUUUCAACUCUUGGAGGAAUACAGGAUAAUUUUCCCUUUUUCUUUUCUUGUGUAUCAGAUAAAGCAUGAAAACUGAGAGGUGACCUCAGUACUUUCUGAAUGAGGUGCAAACUAUAUUUCUUCACAGGAGACAUUGUAUUAUUAUUUCCUUUCUAAAUUAUAGAAUUCCUUUUGAAUAAUACCUCCGACCAAUUUCCGUCUUCAUCUUCACCAGAAAAGUCGUAUUUUUUUUUUUGCAUAAAUGUAACUGAAAGAGAACCUCCUUUAUUCGCUUGUACUCCUACCAUUUAUUUACAGGAUGAUAUGAAACUACCAAGUUCACAUUAUAGUUAUAUAAGCAUUAAGCAGAAAACUUUUGACAUAUUCCAAAAUUGCAUUCUGAAAUGGUUGAUGAUUGUAUUAUAUAAAUGCAAUUUUUCCCUAUCUUAACCAUCCACACCAGAAGGGCUUCAAAAGCCUAAGGAUGGUUCUACCCUCCCUCAAACACACGAAACAUGCUACCGAUUUUUCAUAAACCAAUUAUGAUUUGACUAAAUGGUAUCUGAUUUUAUGGUUGUCCACAUUGUGUCAAUCAAUUUUACUGCUGUUUUGGUUGCUUUUCAUUUAUUAAUCCUUUUGCUGUCUGGCUUAAUUUCUGCUCGAGUCUUCAGGUACUAAAAUCUUAACUCGUUAGAGCUGGCUUCAUGUAAUGGAAUGGCGAAAGAAGUCUCUCCAGAGUCUGGAUAGCCUAGCUAGUUUGGUGGUAGGCUAGCUUCUGGAAAGCAUACAACCUAAUGAGCAGGAUUCACAGGUUCACCCAUGUUAAUUACUUCACAUUGCUCAUUUCAAAUGCAUCCAAUUCCCUUUUGUCACUUAGCACUGUAAAACAUUGCAGGAGAAUUGGAGAUCAUUACAUUUUGUGUUGAGUUCCAAAAUCUUAAAAUUAUUUAAGAUUUUUGGGUUGUUUUUCUUGAAGACAAAGGCAUUUAGUUUCUGAUGAAAUGAAUAACAUUACAUGCUUAAUUCUCUCAAAAACCCCAUACAUCAGAACCGAGGCUCAGGACUCGGGAUCCAGGACCACAAUCUACAUUCAACUUUUUGGCUGAACAUGUGGAAAGAGAAGAAAGGUGCUUUCUGUUGUACCGUUUUUUCUUGGUCAGAUACUAAAGUGAUGAAGACUGAAGAGUUUUCCAAUUAAGAGAAAAAACAAGCUAGUCACAGAAACUAGAAGAGACAAACAUGUACAAGGGUCACUGUUGGAUUUGAAGGACACUAACCAAUUGGAAGACUUUUGUCUUUAAGGAUUCCGUGAAUUGUAAGUGAUAUUACAGUACAAGGUAGAAAGAAAGAAGGGUACCGAGAUUUCUCUGACAACGCCCGAGAAAUUUUAAUAUGAACGACCCCACGCAACCGCCCUUUGAGCUUUUCCCUAGCAUAAACUUCAAAGUGGCGGCUCGUAUAAAAUGGCUGCUCCUCUUAGAUCUUUGUCAUCCUUCUUUUUCCCUUAGGCUAUAAGCAAACAAACCUUUUUGACCAAGGAAAGUCAUCAUUCAAAGUACAUAGUUUCCCAUUUCUCUUUCUGUCUCUAUCAAAUCAUAAUUAUGUUUAAUCUUGAAAAAUAAAAGGCACUGUUUGUCUGGGGUCUUAUCUGACUAACUAAAAGUAGCAUUCUUCUUUAUUUUUUUCCCCCUUAAUUUUGGAUGAAAAGAGAUUUGAAUCAAAUUCUUUAAAUUGAAGAUACAUGCAAUUACAUCCAGAAAAUACCAUUGUCUUAUCAUUCAAAGUUUGGUAUGAUUAUUAUACAAUCUCUAGCAUCAACUUGUUUGAACUUAAAAAUCUUAAUGGUUCAAGUUUGAACAUUGACCUUCCGUUCUAGCUUGCUUCUCAUCCCAACAAGCCAACCAGUCAUUAAUUUUGGUUGUCUUCUCUGUUAGUGGCAGUGUUUAAGAUACUUUAGUUUUCUUGUCUAACUUGCCGUGUGGAAAGCAUGGAGUGACUCCCUCCCAAACCCCCUUAUUUUUUGUUUUCCCUUUCCCUACUGGCUGGAGCAAAAGGUCGUCUCCAAUGGUGGCAAAUUAAAACCAGAAAAGUCUUCAGGUUAUAAUUGAGGUGGGCCCAACUACUUAUUGCAUCAAAAGUGAGUGAACUUAAUGUCAGACUGACCACAAAAAAAAAAAAAAAAAAAAACUUCAUCAUGUUUUCCUUGGCUUUUCAUUCAACAUUAAUUCAAUUCAGCGAUUUUGUUUGGUUAAUGAUGUAUCCAAAGUGGAUUAAACAUAGCAAACCCGAGUCGGGUAAAGACCUAGCAGGAUCGAUCCGACUUGACAUGGUAAGAGAGGAACCAACAUGAGGUUGACUAAUCAGCCUGUUUAUGUGCCAUGGGAUGGGAUAUUAAACUACCCGAGCUGAUGUGAAUUUUUAUAAU